AUGUGCUGUUUCAGCAAUUUCCUGUCAACGGUGGGGGUGGUGAGGGAGUGUGAGGGGCGUGGCGCGAGAAAGAGAGCGGUGAGGAGAAGUUUUUCUGUCUCUCACUUCCCAUCUCCUCCUACCCCGUGUCUCCUGCACCUCACUCCACCACUGCUGGAUCUGCAGCUCCUGCUGCUCCUGCUGGCUCUACUGCUAGUGCACGCAGCAGCAGAGGUACCAGAGGCGAUGAUACCGAUCCCAGUGCUGCUGGCACUGAUCGCGGUGUUGCCGCCUCUCUCACUCACCAUCCGCUCUUCGUUGCAAAAUCUAUUCCAGCAAGGGUGCCUCAUGCUGCAACCAACCAGCCCAGCCUCCUCUCGCUCACCCGCUUCUCCUCCUGUGCCUGCUGCUGGGGCUUCGUCUAUCAACCCCUUCUCACUGCCAAAUGCAGCAGCCAGGCACGUGGAAGGGCAGCUGGUUGAGAAGGUGGAGGCGCAGCUGGUUGGGAGAAGAAAUUUGGACAGAGAGGGGAAGGAAGAAGAGCGAGAUGAGGGGCAAGUGCCGGAAGGCGAGGGUUGGGAGUGUGAAGAGGAGAAUAAAGAGGUGGAGGAGGAUUGGGCGGAGCUGCUGGAAGGAGCGGCUGGUGUGAUUGGGGAGGGCGCACGCGGUUCAGCGGAUGACAGCACACCUAAAAGGGCACAGUGA